AUGUCUGCAUCUGAUAUCGAAAAUACAAUUAACGACAGAUUCCUUGAUCAAACAAAGGAGUAUAGUCCCCUUAAUGAUCUUGACCUGCAGAUGUUAAUAGAUACUUCGGAAGAUGUCUCACGUGUUGGUAUGAAUAUGACCUCGCCUGAAUCUGUACAGAGCAAGUUAAAACAAUUAAACUCUGGCAAGGCCCCAAGGUUUGAAGGAAUAUGCAGAUAAAUUAAUGUCUCAUAUAACGAACACAAAUUACCAUAUAAUUAUUGGUUUGGAAACGAGCGAAUAUUACCCCCAUCCCUGAAGAGAAACCGGUUCCUGAUAUCAAUAAACAUUUCAGACCUAUAUCACUAACCUCUCCUCUAUCCAAAAUUGUCGAAGACGUCGUUGUCGAAAAUUAUUUUGCUCCUGCUAUCUUGAGUUUCAUUGACUCAUAGCAAUUUGGAGGAAUACCUCGGUCGUCGGCCAUAUUAGCACUUAUUAAUAUGGUUCAUGAAUGGAGUAAAGCUACGGACGGUACCCAGGAUGCUGUUUGCGUGGUUUUACUUGACUAUUAGAAGACAUUUGAUCAUAUCGAUCGUCGAAUCCUUGCACACAAAGCGUUUCAAUUUUAUCUCCCACUCUCAGUAAAGAAAUGGGUUGUUUAUUUUCUGAUAGACAGAGAACAAUGGGUAAAGCUAACACGUUAUUGUUUUUCAGAGUGGCAUGGGGUUCCAUCAGGAGUUCCACAAGGAACCAAACUCCGCCCUUGGCUGUUUAUCCUGAUGAUUAACAAUCGCAGACCAUGUGCUCCAGAUUACUGGAAAUAUAUUGAUGUUACAAUUGAUGAUGCGAUUGAUGAUACAGAUCCUUCGUUGUCUUACCAGAGGACUCUUCAAUAUUCUUCAGCAAAAUCAGCAUAA